AUGUGGGCGAUAGAUCCAAAUUUUAGUUACGCCUUCUGCGUUAAAUCUCUUGAAUCUGAUCCCCAGAGCAAAACCGCAACAAAUCUCCAAAGAUUGCUCAUAGCAUCAAUCAAGAAUUCUGCCAAUAUUAAUAUUUAUCUGAGUGCUGCUUUUGAUGCCCCGACCGAUUGUGAAGAUGGAUUUAAAGAAAUCCAGCAAGCAAAAUCUCCUAUUACAAAUAAAAACAAUAUUUUGACUCAGAUGAUUUUUAUUCCUUUAGCUUUAUCAAAUAUG